CUGCUCCACUUAAGAGACUUGCAGAAUAUAAGCCGUGGCUGAAAGACAAAAGCUCCUGAUAAAUUGCUGCAUCCUUCAUGAGAAGAUCGAGCCAUAGAAAGGACCUUCGGCAAAAAGGAGAAGAUGGGGAAUCUUCAGGUGCUGCUGUUUGUAACUCUGGCCUUGACAGCCCUCUUCUGUUGUGAUGGAGAUAUGAACAGGCCCUUGGAUGAAGGGGUUAAGAUCAGUCCAGAAACUGCCAAUGCCUUUGUGAGAAGGCAGAAGAGAUCUUCUCCGUAUUAUGAAAGGUACCAAGAAAUGUUCAAAACCCCAAUGGAGAUGAAGCAAGAACAGUGUGAAAACUACGCCCCCUGCGACUACUACUCCGAAGUAGUGGGAUUCCAGACAGCCUAUGGCUAUUUCUUUGGAAACUGAAGAAGAGGGGGCAUCUCCUGUUCUCACUUGGCUGGGACAGAGGCUGAGAGUAAAAGCAAUUGCGAUGGGGGUAGGGGUGGGCAGAAGGAGCACCGAAUAAAAAGGACAAUUGGAUUGGUUUCCCUAGCAAAACCUAAUAAUAAUCUUUCCACUUUCCAGACAGGAAAUAACAAGCAGUUAAGAGGCUUCUCUUUGCAAGGAGCAUUUCUAGGAGGAAUCACCUCUAUAAAUGCCAACACUUGUUGGAAAGUAACCGGCAUUCCAUGCUAAGGGGGUGGGGGCAAGCAAGGAUAAAUUGGUUAGUAAGCACAAAAGUCUACCAAGCCGACAAUCAUUUCUGGGGCAGGCUCUCCUUGUGAACGCCUUGAAGCAUCUUUGGAAUACUGCAGAGGUGUCCUGUCAAAAUUUCUCACUGUUCCAAUUUUGGCAUUGAAAAAGGGAAUCUGGGGAGGGGGCCAAAAAAAUAAAUAAAUCAGAAAGCACUCCAAACCCUUUCAUUUGGGCUAGCUUGUUGUUGCUUGCAUCCCCCAACUGGCUCCUGCCAUUAAACAAACAUCAUUGGUCUUCUUCCAGGAGGCUGGUCAUGUAACCAAUCAGAAUUGUUCAGUGGUGAAAUCACAGAGGGCAGACAAAACUGUUCAGAGUGAAGGCAUUGCCCAGAAGCUUUGUUUGCUCUCAGUGAUGUUGUUGCUUAGCUAAACUGAUUGGCUACAUGACAACCUCACCGUUUCAGGAAAGAAGGCUGCUUGAAACAGAAUGGCAUAGAGAUAGCAUCUUACUGGAGUGCAACAGGGAUAUGCUGCUUGUAGUUUUUGACAAAUAUUCUACUGAACAUCUGAAUAAGUUAAUCAGAGAAUAGUGUUCAAAAAAUGAUAAUGUCUAGCUCUUUCCUGUUUCUAGUAUGUAAGUGUCUAAUAGACAAAUACGUUAACAUUACAUGUGUUCAGUGCUUUUUUCCUUAAAAAAUGUUUAGGGGUGCUCUCAUUUUGACUCAAGAAAAUCACCAUUUUAUAGUUCAAAUCAGGAAAAAUAAAUACAGUAAAGGGACAAAAGUACAAAGAUUCACAAAAUGUUUAGGGGUGUGUGUACCCCCCCCCCCCGAAAAAAGCACUGCAUGUGUUUGAUUAGCACUUGGAACCACUAGUUAAAUGUCCAGCCCUGGUACUUUUUAUCCUUGAGAAGACGGAUGUAAAAAAAUUUUUUCUGGUUACCUGAUUCAUUGUUGCUGUUCUGCUGCCAUCAUAUGGUGAUUUCAGUUAAUGAAUAAAGUAGCAGCCCAAAAUGAAGAUAUAAUUUUAGAGUUGAAGCAGUCUCCUGCAAUUUCUAAUUCAAGCUGUUUUUGGGAGCUUGGCAGGAAAUUUAGGAGCACGUUUCCCAAGACAUUAUAUUUUAGUUUUCCCUUGCACAACAUGGUUGCCACUUACUAGCGUCCAAUGUAGAAUUUCUGAAACAAGUAGAUUAAUUGCCUUAAUGUCCAUUACAUUCCAAUCAAGGUAUGUUAGAUAGUGACAAUAUCUAUUGAGCCAUCUCUUUUAACUGUGUAUCUAGUGUAUCUGAAGAUUUCUAGUGUAUCUGAAGAAGUGUGCAUGCACACGAAAGCUCAUACCAAAAUAUAAACUUAGUUGGUCUUUAAGGUGCUACUGAAGGAUUUUUUUUAUUUUAACUGAAAGUUGCAGUUCGUUACUCACCUAUGGUGAGCAGCAAUUUCUAAUUCUCAAGUUGCUGUUCAAAGCACCAGUGAAACCAUCACUUAAUUAAAAGGCACUUAUGAGUAUGGCUGAAUAAUGAAUCAGUCUAUUUCUGGUCCAUGUCAUAUUCAUUUGUGUUCACUUGUCAUCAGUCAAUUCUGUUCUGCUUUCACAUUAAUCUGCUUUUUUUAAAAAAAAAUCGCACCAAAAGAAUUGUAUGCAAAUACAUAUUUAAAUGUGUAUUUCUAAGCAUGUUCCCUUUCAAAAUAUGAAUUUUAAUAAAUUUUUGAAGCACAA